AUGGAUUCACAAGAAAAAGAAGAAGAAAAAUCCUUACCCUAUGAUAUCUACUACAAUCUGAUUCCAGAAGACAGUAAAGAUAUUUUCAACGAAUUCUUCAAUGUCGAAAAUGAAUUCAUGCCGCCUCCAUUCUACGCUAAAAUACAUCUAUUCCGUUCAUUUCGCCGAUAUGCCAUUACGUUUAUGGAACAGGAAGUGAUUCCAGGAUCUCCCAAGCGAAACACUAAUCUUUUUUUGACCUGUUGCCUCUCCAUUGCUUCGAAGAUGAGAAAUGAUAAAUUCAAAAUUGCGCAACUUCUGGACAUGCGAAACCCUCUGUUUAGGUACAAAAUGAAGGAGGUAUCUAGAAUGGAGUUGGCAAUUUGCUGCCGACUGAAAUGGGAAAUGCGAUCUAUAACUCCGAUUUUCUACGUGGACUACUUCAUCAAUCGCUUCCACCGCCUGUCACCUACACAUCCAGUGAUCCCUCGCCGUUCUGUUCAUCAGAUCAUUAUCAAAUCUCAAGCAUUAAUGAAACUCACAAAGUACAGGCCAUCGACUGUAGCAGCUUUGGCCAUUCUGGUUGCUUCUUCUAGGCUAUAUCCAGCUAACUUUGUUGAGUUCAAAUGCCUCAUUUUAUCUUAUCCACCCAAUUCAACGAACUCCAUGGGAAUACUGGAUGAGGCGUUAAAAUACAUUAAGAAGAUAAAGCUGGAUCCAUCUGAGGAAGCAUCCAGUUCAUCUGCAGGGCCAUCCGGCGUGAAAAAGAGUACUGUAGAUAAAAUCCCGCGGGAUCAAGACGGGCCAAUGGAUAUCAAGCUGGAUUGGACAGGAUUGACCUGGGGCGAGCUCGACGAGGGUUUUGAUCCCAAUUCGAUUGUAAGAGCCUAUGCGUGUUACUUCUCUCUCUUUAGCUGA